UUCCUGAAGUCCACAAUCAUCUCCUUAGUUUUGUUGACGUUGAGUGUGAGGUUAUUUUCCUGACACCACACUCCGAGGGCCCUCACCUCCCUCACCUCACCUCCUCCCUGUAGGCCGUCUCGUCGUUGUUGGUAAUCAAGCCUACCACUGUUGUGUCAUCCGCAAAUACCAUACCAUGGAGAUAGCAUAACCAAAUGUUUCAUACCAGCUCAAAGAUGCUUCAACAAUUUCCGGGGAUGGAUAAUAGGAGUUUUCGUUGUUGCGGUGCUGGUCCUGCUAGUGACUUGGCUCGUUGUGGACACAAGCAAGCGACCAGAGCAGCUCAUCUCAUUUGGAGGGGUCUGCAUGUUCAUUCUAGUCAUUUUCAUCUUCUCAGCCCACAGGACAGAGGUGGCAUGGAGGUCAGUGUUUUGGGGUCUUGGUUUACAAUUCUGUAUCGGACUGUUUGUCAUAAGGACAGAGCCAGGACUCACUGCCUUCCAAUGGCUUGGAGAGCAAGUGCAGAUAUUCUUGAACUACACAAAACACGGGUCAUCAUUUGUUUUUGGACCACUAGUAUCCGACAUCUUCGCAUUUCAGGCUUUGCCCAUUGUGAUAUUCUUCAGCAGUGUGAUGUCAGUUCUUUAUUUCCUUGGAAUAAUGCAAUGGCUCAUCAUUAAGAUCGCAUGGGUAAUGCAGAUAACGAUGGGAACAUCACCCACUGAGACCUUGAGUGUUGCAGGCAACAUAUUUGUUGGACAGACUGAAGCGCCAUUGCUGAUUCGCCCAUAUUUGAUGGACAUGACCAAAUCUGAAGUGCAUGCUGUCAUGGUUGGAGGCUUUGCCACCAUUGCAGGAAGUGUGGUGGGUGCAUUCAUCUCAUUUGGGAUUGAUGCAUCCUCUAUGAUAUCUGCCUCUGUAAUGGCUGCCCCAUGUGCCUUGGCAAUCUCCAAGCUGUCCUAUCCGGAGACAGAAGAGAGCAAAUUUACAUCAGAGGAAAAUAUCAAAGUGGCUUGUGGGUAUGUGUUUUUGUGUUCUGUGUUUGUGUAUGUGUUUGCCAUUUACCGAUUUUUUUACAUUCCACUGCAUUUUAUUGUAUAUAUAAUAUACUUUCUGUGGUUCAUAUUAGGCUGUCUUAACUCCCCUGUGAUGAACAGAACAUUUUGGAAGCAGCUAGCAGUGGAGCAUUUACAUCAAUAUGCCUUGUUGCUAAUAUAGCUGCCAACUUGAUAGCAUUCCUUGCGAUACUGGCAUUCAUCAAUGCAUCUCUUGGCUGGCUGGGAGGCCUGGUGGGAUUUCCCUCUAUCACAUUUGAGGUAUGCUCCAGGCAGCUCCACAUACCUUAAUCCCAUUUCACAUUCAAAGAUCCUUCUGUCUUGACUUGACACCCAUGACUAACCCAGUACUUUGUGAUGAGUGAUGGACAUGCUUUGGCAUUGUUUUAUUUAACAGCGUGUGAUGCAUGGCUGAAUAAUUGUGCACAUCACAAAAUAAGAUAAGAUAAUUAUUUCAUUGUGCCUUGGUAAAAUGACCAAAUCAUCGAAAUGUGUAAAAUAAUUCAGAUUAGAAUAUCUGGGGUUCGUUCCUUGUUCCUUGUCAAUCAUUGGCUCAUUGGUGAAAUUAGCAUUAUGACAAUAGCUUUAAUUAAAUCAUUCAAAAUACUUUAUUAAUGCAAUUGCAGACAGAAGUUGACAACAGGUGCAUAUUACACACGUUCCUGAGUAAGUACUGCAAAAUAGAAAAGGUUCCAAGUUAUUUUAUUAAACCCGAAGUCCAUCCCUAGUGAUUUCACUGCAUACGUCGUUACAUUCUACUCAUCAGACCAAGCUCAUGCAUACACAGCUAUAUAAACUUGCAAGAGAGAUACAAUAGUUCCAGUGUUUUCUAAUGCCUAGGCAGUAAAUGUCCACUCCACAAGUUGAUUAAUUGUGGAAUGUCUGACUUGUCUGUUAUCUCUUACACUCCCCUGCAGAGUUUUGUCUCAGUCACACAUGUCUCAAAAUGCUUCUUUAUAAUAUAUCUAUAUCUAUAUCUAUCCUACCCUGCCUCUCUAAGGUCUUCGAAAGCCAAGUCAACAAACAGAUUACCGACCAUUUUGAAUCUCACCAUACCCUCUCUGCUAUGCAAUCUGGUUUCAGAGCUGGUCAUGGGUGCACCCCAGCCACGCUCAAGGUCCUAAACGAUAUCUUAACCGCCAUCGAUAAGAAACAUUACUGUGCAGCCGUAUUCAUUGAUCUGGCCAAGGCUUUCGACUCUGUCAAUCACCACAUCCUCAUCGGCAGACUCGACAGCCUUGGUUUCUCAAAUGAUUGCCUCGCCUGGUUCACCAACUACUUCUCUGAUAGAGUUCAGUGUGUCAAAUCGGAGGAUCUGUUGUCUGGACCUCUGGCAGUCUCUAUGGGGGUGCCACAGGGUUCAAUUCUUGCACCGACUCUCUUCUCUGUAUACAUCAAUGAUGUCGCUCUUGCUGCUGGUGAGUCUCUGAUCCACCUCUACGCAGACGACACCAUUCUGUAUACUUCUGGCCUUUCUUUGGACACUGUGUUAACAACCCUCCAGUCAAGCUUCAAUGCCAUACAACUCUCCUUCCGUGGCCUCCAAUUGCUCUUAAAUACAAGUAAAACUAAAUGCAUGCUCUUCAACCGAUCGCUGCCUGCACCUGCCCGCCUGUCCAACAUCACUACUUUGGACGGCUCUGACUUAGAAUAUGUGGACAAUGCAAAUACCUAGGUGUCUGGUUAGACUGUAAACUCUCCUUCCAGACCCACAUCAAACAUCUCCAAUCCAAAGUUAAAUCUAGAAUUGGCUUCCUAUUUCGCAAAAAAAGCAUCCUUCACUCAUGCUGUCAAACAUACCCUUGUAAAACUGAUCAUCCUACCAAUCCUCGACUUCGGCGAUGUCAUUUACAAAAUAGCCUCCAAUACCAUACUCAAUAAAUUGGAUGCAGUCUAUCACAGUGCCACCUGUUUUAUCACCACAGCCCCAUAUACUACCCACCAUUGUGACCUGUACGCUCUCGUUGGCUGGCCCUCGCCAAUUCUUUCUUUGGCUGCCUCUCCUUUCAGUUCUUUGCUGCCAAUGACUGGAACGAACUACAAAAAUCUCUGGAACUGGAAACACUUAUCUCAUUCACUAGCUUUAAGCACCAGCUGUCAGGGCAGCUCACAGAUUACUGCACCUGUACAUAGCCCAUCUAAAAUUUAGCCCAAACAACUACCUCUUUCUUUGGUCUUGGCCAUAGUGGAGUUUGGAGUGUGACUGUUUGAGGUUGUGGACAGGUGUCUUUUAUACUGAUAACAAGUUCAAACAGGUGCCAUUAAUACAGGUAACGAGUGGAGGACAGAGGAGCCUCUUAAAGAAGAAGUUACAGGUCUGUGAGAGCCAGAAAUCUUGCUUGUUUGUUGGUGACCAAAUACUUAUUUUCCACCAUAAUUUGCAAAUAAAUUCAUAAAAAAUCCUACAAUGUGAUUUUCUGGAUUUUCUUUCCUCAUUUUGUCUGUCAUAGUUGAAAUGUAUCUAUGAUGAAAAUUACAGGCCUCUCUCAUAUUUUUAAGUGGGAGAACUUGCACAAUUGGUGGCUGACUAAAUACUAUUUUGCCCCACUGUAUAUAUACUGUAUAUUGUUAAUCUGCAGUCUAGGACCCUGUAAAUGUAAGGAAGGAGGGGUCUUAUAACCUCUCUCCUUCUCUUAAUGCAACAUAAGCAUAAUCUAUUAUUAUAAUACAUAAAACAUUUGGUACAGCCCCCAUCAUGACCCCCAGGUGAACCCCUGACAACACAUGUACAUUCCUCCACAUGUGUAAGACCUUUGUAUUGACCUGUGUACUAUGGAAGUUUCUUUGAUGCUCUGUAAGUGUAUCUUACAUUUUAGUCAUUUAACAGACACUUUUAUCCAGAGCGACUUACAGUUAGAGCAUUCAUCUUAAGGGCUCCCGAGUGGCGCAGGGUUUGGCCGGGGUAGGCCUUCAUUGAAAAUACUUUUUUUUUUCUUAACUGACUUGCCUAGUUAAAUAAAGGAUAAUUAAAAUAAAAUAAAGAUAGCUAGGUGAAAUAACCACAUAUUUUGUGAUGUUUAUAGCCUGAUCUCUUUGUGAUCUCUCUUUUGCACACCAGUAUCUCUACCUGCACAUUACCAUUUGAUCAUUUAUCACUCCAGUGUUAAUCUGCUAAAUUGUAAUUAUUCACCUACCUCCUCAUGCCUUUUGCACAAAAUGUAUAUAUAGACUCUUUUUUUUUCUUUUUUCUACUGUGUUAUUGACUUGUUAAUUGUUUACUCCAUGUGUAACUUUGUGUUGUUGUCUGUUCACACUGCUAUGCUUUAUCUUGGCCAUGUCGCAGUUGUAAAUGAGAAUUUGUUCUCAACUAGCCGACCUGGUUAAAUAAAGGUGAAAUAAAAAUGUAAUUUAAAAAAAAAUGCUCUCACUCACUCACUCACUCACUCACUCACUCACUCACUCACUCACUCACUCACUCACUCACUCACUCACCUAUUGAAGCCAAUAGCAUAGACAUUCUGGACUGCAGUUAUAGCACAGAACA